AUGGUGAAGACUAGAUGUACAGUAACUAACUGUAUAGGUAACUGUGACAGAAAUACAGGAGAGUGUUCUGACUGUAAACCAGGUUUCUAUGGUACAAACUGUCAACAGACAUGUACAGUAACUAACUGUAUAGGUAACUGUAACAUAAAUACAGGAAAGUGUUCUGAAUGUAAACGAGGUUUCUAUGGUUCAAACUGUCAAUAUAGAUGUAGUAAUGGUUGUACAAACAAUAACUGUAAUAAAGAUAAUGGUACCUGUACAUGUAAAUCAGGUUUUACUGGAGAUAAAUGUGAGAAUUGUCAACAAGGUAAAUAUGGUGAUGACUGUCAACAGAACUGUAGUAAUGGAUGUGUAGAUCAUACCUGUUCUAAAUCAGAUGGAACUUGUCCUGUCUGUACGUCUGGUUGGUCUGAUGCAAGAUGCAAUUCAUCAUGUGAUAUAACUAACUGUAUUGGUAACUGUAACAAGACUACAGGACAAUGUAAUAGUUGUAAUAAUGGAUGGUACGGUACAAACUGUCAACAGGGCUGUGGUGAGGGCUGUUUAAAUCAUAACUGUUCUAAAUCAGACAGAACUUGUCACGUCUGUACGUCUGGUUGGUUUGAUGCAAGAUGCAAUUCCACAUGCAACAUAACUAACUGUAUAGGCAACUGUAACCAGAAUACAGGACAAUGUAGAGCAUGUUAUCCAGGUUGGUACGGUCAAAACUGUAAAAGUCAGUGUAAUGAGGGUUGCUUAUAUAACACAUGCAUUAAAUUAGAUGGGUCUUGCUCUGUUUGUACAACCGGUUGGUAUGGUACAAACUGUGCAUCUAAAUGUGUAAGUAAUUGUAUUAGAGGGUGUGAUAAAUCUAGUGGUAUUUGUCGUCAGUGUAAACCAAAUACAGUAGGUCCAUAUUGUAAUUCAACAUGUGGUAGUGGAUGUCAACCAAUCACAGGUAAUAUAACAUGUAAUAGAAAUGGUGUAUGUACCAGUUGUAUUAUGGGAAGAUAUGGUGAUAGAUGUGAUAUGUCUUGUAAUAUUACAUGUAAUAGUGGAUGUGAUAGAUAUAAUGGUACCUGUAUUAAUGGAUGUAUUAAAGGUAAAAGUGGAGAAUAUUGUGAUAAGUACUGUAAUGAUAAUUGUAUUCAUUGUAAACAAGAUGAUAAUAACUCUUGUACUGAAUGUAAAGAUGGAAGAUCGGGAACAUCGUGUAAUGAAAUUUGUAGUUUUAACUGUAAUACACCGGAUGAUUCUUUUAUUAGUGUAUGUGACCAGAUGACAGGAAGUUGUUCGGGUGGAUGUCAAACCGGAAAGACAGGAAGCGACUGUUCCCAAGAUAAACCUGAAAAGAGUGCAUCUGAAGGUUUUAGCCCUGUGGUUGGUGGUAUUAUAGGAGCUUUGUUUGGGAUAGUAGCCACAGGGCUGAUUGGUAUUAUCGGCUUCUGUUAUUACAUCAAAAGAAAGCCUCCACCUCAACCAGCUAGAGAAACACCUGGUUAUAGAUAUAAUAAUCGUCCAGAUACCUACGUCAGUCCAGUUGUAACGGAAGAAAACACUUACGAUACAUUAGAACAAGCUUCAAAUGACCAUGGUGAUGUAGCUGAUCCUUAUUAUAAGACAUUGAAACAAGUCCCUGUAUAUGUAAAUCUUGGAAAGGAAUAA